AUGAAGGAGAUGUUGGAAUUGUUUCAACAAGUCCACGUCAACCUUCCAUUAUUGGAUGCAAUCAAGCAGGUUCUAGCUUACGCUAAGUUUCUGAAAGACCUAUGCACUCAAAAGCGUAAGCUGAGGAACCAAACCCCCAAAACCAUGCACCUCACAGAACAGGUAAGUGCAGUUAUCACUGACCUACCCCCCAAGCUGAAGGAUCCUGGUGCACCACUCAUCUCUUGUGUCAUUGGAGACCUCUCCAUUGACAAAGUAUUGCUGGAUCUGGGGGCUAGUGUGAAUAUCUUACCUGGUUCAGUUUUUGAGAGAUUUGGAUUAGGAGAGUUGAAGUCCAUUGAAGUCAUACUUCAGUUAGCUGAUCAUUUUGUGAAAAGAUGUCGUGGACUUCUAGGGGAUGUUCUUGUGAAGGUAGAUGAUUUAUACUUUCCAGUGGACUUCCUAGUCCUUGAUAUCGAAUCUACCUCAGCCAAGCCUCCCCCUAUCAUACUAGGGCAUCCAUUCUUGGCGAUCGCCAAUGCUUGCAUUAACUGCAGGUCAGGUGCCAUGGACAUAUCGUUUGGGAACAAGAAGCUUCGGCUAAACAUCUUCAAUGCAUCCCUAGGACCCUACAGAGAAGAUGAGUGCUUUGGUCUGGAUAUGAUUGAUGAAGCUGUAUCUCAGUACACUUCCUAG